AUGGCUUCACAAACCAAGAUGUGGGACCCGGAGUUCGUCUUCGGAAUCUCCCUUAACAAGCCGACCUGCCUCGGCCACAACUACAUCACCCAGAAACCAUGCGGGGUUACUCUUUCGUCGGAAUCGGCUCGCCGCCAGCAGAGGUGCCUCGAUAAGCUGUCGGAAAUGUCGCCUUUGAAAGCUGCCUCGCACCUCCUGCUGACCCCUGCGGCUGGGUUCAACGUCUGCGAAGAGCAUUGGCGCGAGGCUUCCAGAAUCUGUGACGCCUGGAGGUAUCACCUCGAGGACUUUUCCCGCUUCCAGACUUGGUACGACGGAGAGGUCGAUAAGGCUGUCGAGGCUGCCGAGUUCAUGGAGGAGGAUGAGGAGGACGACGACGACGAGCUAGACGACCUUAGCGAGAGUGCUCAUGACCACCCCCAUUCCGACAUCUACAGUACCAUUAGGAACAGCGCCUCCUAUGUCCUCGCCGAGACGAGAACCACUUCCCCCAGCCCAUAUGGGCCGGAUCGCACUCCCGCCGCCGUCUAUCCCGAGAACACCAACUCUUUCAGCGGACCCAGCAGUCAGAAAGUGAACGAACUACUCGCGGACGCCGACAAGCUGGUCCGCGAUAUCAAGUUCCUGCUGCAGCAUGUCCGUCAGCUUCGCGAUGACCUGGAUCUGGCGGACAUCACCGACGUCGACUCCGGCAUCCAAGAUAUCCAAGAUGGAGAUUCGAAGAGAUCCGAUGGUUACCCUGACCAUUGUAAUGAUGGCGUCCCCAAUGGUGAAGGCAACGACGCUACUAUCAAUGGGGAUGACUGGGUCAGAAUCGACGACUAUCACAAUUACUGA